AUGUGUAUCUCAUCCCAUGUAUUACUGUUAAUUUUUUCUCUUUUGUCUCAAGGGUCUUUGCUUUCUGUUUCUAAGUCUAUGAGAAAAGCAGAAGAUAAUAUGCUGCUAAGCACAUUCAGCCUUGGAAAGAUAACACAGAAUGGUGACAAAGCUGGAAAAUCUUUUGAGCGUUAUAAAAUGGAGGACAGCAGUUUUCUGGAUGAAGACCGAAACCCACAUUUCUCAAAUAUAGGUUAUAAACAUGACAUUAACUAUGGCCAGCCACAGAGCCUAAGUGUUAAGCAGCUUCCUUAUUUUGAACUGGAGGGACCUAUGACUUUUCCAUCAAAUGCUGAAGUUGAAAAUAUUGAAUCAAUACAAGAUCGGCGUGAGACAGGAAGUGAUGAAAACUCGGCUAACUUGCCUAUUGGAAGAAGAGAUUUUGAUAUGCUCAGAUGUAUGCUGGGAAGAGUCUAUCGACCUUGUUGGCAAGCCUAAAAUGACCCUGAAGUGCAUCACUUGGAAGAGACAAA